CCACCCUCUACAAAACCAACCACUUUUCCCUGUCAUUGCACAACAAAUACACAUUUUUUCUUUCACAAAUCUUCAAGAAAGAUCAAACCCAAUUCUCAAUUUGUGAAAAAGAUGCCUCCUUUCUCACAAUCAAGCCCUAUCUCAAAUGGGUUUUCAAACAAAAACAACCAACAACCUUCAACCAAUAUCAUCACCAUUGAUGUAGGUGGUCAGCUUUUUCAAACCACAAAACAAACCCUAACCCUAGCUGGCUCCAAGACCAUUUUCUCCAACCUUUUUGAUUCAUCUGAACCCAACAACAACAACAACAACAUCCCUUUUAUUGACAGAGACCCUGAAUUGUUCUCAAUUCUUCUUUCUUUAUUAAGAACAGGUAAUCUCCCAUCAAAAGCCAAAGCCUUUGACAUUCAAGAUAUCAUCUUUGAAGCAAAUUAUUAUGGAAUUAGUGAUCUUCUUGUUCAAUCUCAAUCAAACCCAUCUCAAUUUGAACCUUUUGAUUUAGAAAAAUCAAUCAUUUUGCCUCUUAGUGGUAGAGAUUCACCCUCUGCUAUUGCCACAACCCCAAAUGGGUCAGUUCAUGUGUCUCAUGGUAGCAAGAUCACAUCUUUUGAUUGGUCUUUACAAAGAAAGUCAACAACUUUGACCAGUUUUGCAGCUAUAGACUCUUUGUUAGCUUUAUCACCCAACAUUGUGGCAGCUGGUGCAACAGAUUUUUCUGGGUUGCAGAUUCUUGAUCUUGAUUUGGGUUAUGCCACACAAACCCUAAAUUGGGAAAAUGCAACCAAAUCAAGCUCAACUGUUCAAGCAAUUGGGAUUUCACCUGAUUUUUUAUUCACUAGCUUUGAAUCAGGCAGAAGAAACUCAAACUCUAUCAUGGUUUAUGAUCUUAAUAGUUUUAAACCAGUUUCACAGAUUGCGAGUAAUGAAAUCUUUGGUGCUGAUCUUGGUUCUGCAAUCCCAUCAACUAAAUUGAAUUGGGUUCCUAGUCUUAACCUGUUAAUGGCAUCCGGGUCGCAUAGCGGUCCAUCGGGUGUUACAGGAACCAUAAAGUUUUGGGAUAUAAGAUCAGGCAAUGCAGUUUGGGAGAUUAAAGAAACCGUUGAUUGUUUUUCGGACGUUACAGUUUCGGAUACCCUUUCGGCUGUUUUCAAGAUUGGUGUAAACUCAGGAGAGGUUUCGUACAUCGAUUUAAAAAAGUUUGGAUCUUUUCACUCAUGGAGUUGUCUUGGUGACGGUAGAAAGGUUAACAAUGUGAAGAAAGAAGGGUUUGGUUGCAAGAUUGAAGCACAUGGGAAUCAAGUUUUUUGUAGUAAGCAAGGCGAGUUGAGAUUAUGGUCCGAGGUUUUGAUGGGUUCGUCGAAUAAUGGGAAAGAUCGAGUCUUUAAGAAGAAUGUGUUGGGACGAUCGAAGGAUUUGGGUGGAAGUCGGAUUACGAAUAUGGGUUUUGGUGGAAGUAAAAUGUUUGUGACUAGGAAGGAUCAGCAAUGUGUUGAAGUUUGGCAAAGUUCUGUUAGAAGAUUUUGAUUGUUAGAAAUCUUGGUUCAUGAUAUUUGUUAUUCUUUUGUAUGUAAAGUGGUUUUGUGUUGAAUCAAUUGUUUGAUUGCUAAGAAGAUUCUAGUGAUCAUAAGGUGAGUAUAAUAUUGUAUUCAUGAUUUGCAAUUUAUAUAAUUUGUUGGAUCAA